AUGGCGACAAGCGGUCCCGGACUUCCUCCUGGUCCUCCGCCAGACCCUAUCGAACGCCCUCCUUCUCCGCCACCUCCACCUCCAGAGGACUCGGCCGCUCCGCCGCCGCCACCAGAUGCUACGGCACCUCCUCCUCCUCCCGACGAUGCGCCGCCUGCACCUCCAGUUGAGACUAAAAAGAAGAAGUCGGGAUGGGGAGCACCUAAGCGCCCCGCUGCGACCCCGUUGAGUGUGGAGGAACUCAUUCGGAAGAAGAAGGAAGCAGAUGCGGCAGCUUCCAAGCCAAAGUUUCUUUCCAAGGCUCAACGAGAGAAGCUUGCGUUGGAGAAACGGGCCAAGGAAGUGGAAGCUGAGAGACAAGCGAAAGCUCUCCCCAAUGGCACCGAUCACAAUGGAUUCUCGUCGGAAGCACUUUCAAGGAGGCCCGAAGAGCCCAAAAAAGAAUACCGAGAUGCAAAUGGAAGAGUUCCUACCGGACCGCGUUCGAUGCGCGGAGAUGCCCCGACAGGCCCUGCUUCGAUGCGCAAAACCAACGGACAAAACAACCGAGAUAGGGACAUGGAACCGCCACCGCCGCCGAAAUCGAAGGGGUCAAAGGCCGACAAGCGUCUUGCGGAGGAAGAUGAAUCUGAAGCGCAAGCAGCCCUGGUGAAGCAACGAUACAUGGGAGCCGACCAGACCUCGACCUUCUCCGCGAAAAAGAAGCGCAAGCGCACAACGGACCGCAAAUUCAACUUUGAAUGGAAUACUGAAGAAGACACCAGUUUCGACUACAACCCACUAUAUCAACACAGGCACGAAGCGAACUUCUUUGGACGAGGUCGACUGGCUGGGUUCGGAGAAGACGUUGCAGAUAAUGUGGCGCGCAAGUAUGCGCAAGCGCUGGAGACUCGUGAUUCCGAAUCAGGUAGCCUGCGCGCCAAAGAAAUCUUGGAGAUGGAGCGGCGCCGCCGCGAGGAGAGUUCCCGUAGCCAGCUGGACAAGCACUGGAGCGAGAAGUCGUUGGCCAAUAUGCGCGAGCGAGACUGGCGUAUCUUCAAAGAAGACUUCAACAUCAGUACCAAGGGCGGCAGUGUACCCAACCCCAUGCGCUCAUGGGACGAGAGUGAUCUGCCGAAGCGGCUGCUGGAGCUUAUUGACCGUGUUGGAUACAAGGAACCGAGUGCUAUUCAGCGCGCUGCCAUCCCAAUUGCCCUGCAAAACCGCGAUCUUAUUGGUGUUGCUGUGACUGGUUCCGGUAAAACCGCGGCAUUCCUGCUCCCCCUUCUGGUAUACAUCUCCGAAUUGCCCCGGCUCGACGAAUUUGAGUGGCGCAAGAACGACGGUCCAUAUGCUCUUGUCCUCGCGCCUACACGUGAAUUAGCCCAGCAGAUCGAGAUCGAGGCUAGGAAGUUCACAGCACCCCUUGGAUUCAACGUCGUCAGUAUUGUCGGUGGUCACUCUCUCGAGGAGCAAGCAUACAGCCUGCGCGAUGGUGCAGAAAUCAUCAUCGCCACCCCCGGUCGUCUCGUCGACUGUAUCGAGCGCCGCAUGCUGGUCCUCAGCCAGUGUUGCUACGUGAUCAUGGAUGAAGCAGAUCGCAUGAUCGACAUGGGUUUCGAAGAGCCUGUGAACAAAAUCCUCGACGCACUACCGGUCACCAACGAAAAGCCCGAUACCGAAGAAGCCGAGAACCCCCGCGCAAUGAGCCAGCACCUCGGUGGCCGCGACAGAUACCGCCAAACGAUGAUGUACACAGCAACAAUGCCCACGGCUGUCGAGCGCAUUGCUCGCAAGUACCUCCGACGCCCGGCAAUCAUCACAAUUGGUAGCGCCGGUGAAGCCGUCGACACUGUCGAGCAGCGCGUCGAGAUGAUCCCCGGCGAAGACAAGCGCAAGAAGCGCCUGGCCGAAAUUCUCAACUCGGGCGAGUUCAGGCCUCCGAUUAUCGUUUUCGUUAAUAUCAAGCGAAACUGUGAUGCGAUUGCGCGCGAUAUCAAGCAUAUGGGCUUUUCAUCCGUUACUUUGCACGGUUCCAAAACGCAGGAACAGCGUGAGGCCGCCCUCGCUUCUGUGCGUAACGGGUCCACUGAUGUGCUGGUUGCAACUGACCUGGCUGGACGUGGUAUCGAUGUUCCCGACGUCUCACUCGUCGUCAACUUUAACAUGGCUACCUCCAUCGAGAGCUACACUCACCGUAUCGGUCGUACUGGUCGUGCCGGAAAGAGCGGUGUUGCUAUUACCUUCUUGGGCAGCGAGGAUUCCGAUGUCAUGUAUGAUCUCAAGCAAAUGCUUAUCAAGUCGCCCAUCUCGCGCGUGCCGGAGGAACUACGCAAGCACGAAGCAGCGCAAUCCAAGCCCACUCGCGGACAGGGUAAGAAGAUCGAGGACAGCUCUGGGUUUGGUGGAAAGGGUGGCUGGGCAUGA